ACCGGUUAGGUGUACUCUCUGGCUGACUGACUUGAUCUCGACUACUGUGCAUGGAUCAGCUAGAGCUCCUGGACUUGCAGCAACAGCACCAUCACCUCCAACAGCAGCAACACCUUCAUCAACAGCAGCAGCAGGGCGGGGCACAACAUUUCAUGACUGAGAUCGACAAGAAGCCGGUCAUCCUAGUGGUCCCUAGCAUCCCUGGACCGUCGUCAUCGUCCUCGUCAACGUACUCGUCCAAGAUGGCAGCGACUCCUAUGAACGUGUCCUCUGCGGGGGCCGGGGGACGCAUCAUGAGCGGGGGGCAGGCCAUGCAUAUGGGAGGAGGGGGCAGCAGCAGCGGAGGAGGAGGGGGUAAUCCUCAGAUGAUCCAAGCCCAGGAGAUGCCCACAAACCUGAUGGUCAAGCAGGGUCAUUCUUCUUCGGCUCAACCAGCAUAUGCUGGAGGUAGGACUCAUGUGCAUGCGUCCAAAAGCAAAGGCAGUACAAGAACAGAUAGAAGGCCUUUUUUCAGUGGAACCCUCAAUGCAGCAGCGGUGAUCCAGCAGCUUCAACAGCAGAGGCCUUCAGCACCGCAGAGCAAGUAUGCCGAGCUGCUAGCAGUCAUUGAGGACAUGGGCAGGGAUAUCAGACCAACGUAUGCCGGCAGCAGAACAGCCACGGAGAGGUUAAGACGAGGUAUCACACAUGCUAAGGCCCUUGUCAGAGAGUGUUUAGCCGAGACUGAACGCAGUGCAAGAACAUGAUUAUCCCCCAUGAGAACAUUCCAUGCCCACUUGACUCAAAACACACUCAAGAGUCAGAGCUGACCAAGGUUAAACCUUAUCCUGCAUGCUAUAUGAACUGGUGCUGUAUGAACAUGUAAUAUCGUCUAGAAAACCCCACUUAGCUAAGUAUGUGGGACCAACCCAAACAUAGUGUUGGAUGAAAUAAGGCAAUUGAUAUGCUGAAGGUGGAUGUAUUUUUAUACCAAGGUUUGUUACUUUAUGUUCUGCUGUAAAUGAAAUGCUAAAUUGUUUUCUAUGUUUAACAUUAAGGAAGUCAGCAUUUCAAUUCAUUUAGCAAAGUUGCAAAGUUGCCUUCUUCUGACGUAAUAAAGCAUUGACAUUUUUGAGUGACAGUUUUCUUGUUUCCAAUGUAUAGGAAUUUUCCAACAGAUGAACUGACAUUUCUAAGGUAUUGAAUUGCCUGUAACAAUUUCUUAAAAGUUUAACAGUUUGAAAAAUACCCCCUCCCACCCCAUGAAUGAAUCAUGAAUGAAUCAUUCAAGGUGUAAUGAUACAUUUUGGAUUAAUUCUGUUGUAAAAUAUACAUGAAAAUGUUAAUCAUGCAACCUAGACCCCAAUUGACCUUUGAAUAAAUCUCUUGGGAUUCUAGCCCUGCUCAAACAAUGUGUCUGAAUGUUACACUUUCUUGGCAAGAAUGGUGUAGAUAAACCUUGAUGUAAUUGUUUCUGGGGAAAAAUGUUCAACGCAAGAGUUUUACUGGAAAGGAAAAAUAUUGCAUUGAAGAGCAAUAUGCUUGUGCAUGUAACUCCUUAUGUGGUUUGACUUGUUUUGUAAUGAGCUGUACUUUCUGGUAUGCCAGUCAAUUGCCUGCAGACAUUAAGUACAGGAGAUAAUUGGUAUGUCAGUGAAGCUACAGACAUGUUGAAAUGUGGAGCGAUUGUCCAUUUUGAGUUCAAGCCAAGAUGCUAG